AUUUAGUAUUAGUUACUAAGGAUUCAAUGAAUUUCUGUAACUAAAUGCAGUUUGUUAUAAAUGCAGUUACCAGUCUUUUCUCUCAGUGAAUAGCAAAUAUCGCCCUAACUGAUUUCUAAUUGUCACAACCAGAUCAGUAACUAUAUUGAUAAUGUAGCUAUACUCGUAUUGAUGUAACUACUGAUGAUGUAGCUGAUAUUCCAAAGUAACUAAGUCGCACCAAACACACACAUUACCAUCACACGAAAAUAUCUAGAGUAGUACAACUAUGCUGCUCACAACUAAAUAUUUCUGGUUAUAUGCAUCAUAUUUUUUCUCUUCCGUGUCCCGAGUCCCGAAUUAUUUUUAGGAAAACAGCGUGACUUUGGAGUCUCGUUAUUGCUCGAUGAAAGACCCCACGUAAAUAUAAACGGAUCGCGAGCGCAGUUGCGUCGCACAGAUCGCGAAACACCACCGUCCAAGUCGGAUCCUGAGCGUCGAGGGGCAUGAGUCUCGCUUGGGCGCGAGGAGGAUAGACGACGAUUAAAUAUAAUGAGCUGCAUGACGCAAACCGGAAAGGAUAAAUAGACGACGCUCCUCGAGAAGAACAGCCCGAGACGGGGGGAGAGAGAGAGAGAGAGAGAAGUAAAACGCCAAAGAGCGUAGCAAGAGGAAGCGUAAAUUAUCACUCUCGAAGUACGCAUCGCGAGAAGAAGGAAAGAAAUCGAAUGAGGAGCAGCAUGAGGCUGUCCAUGAGGCAGUAUUUGAAGGCAGCUUAUCAGUACCAUUCACAUCCAUUCCAGGAACCCAGAAACUCCAUCAGUUGCAGAAGUCAGUGUGACACCGAACUUCCCAUCGAGCUCUAUCGAGGAGGCAUCGAGCAGGCCCCGAUGGUCUCCGUCGCCAUCGAGCUGAGCGAAUCUCGGUCUCUGGUGAAGACGUGCUCAUCGGCGACGUGAGGACAAUAAACAGACGUUCUCUCACGCGACGUUCCUCCUCCGACGUCCAGAUAGCUCGGGAAACAACACGCCGGUGAAGCUGGACCGAACGUCGCAGGGACACCCCGUAUAAGAGCGCUAAAUUUAGGCGAAAGAAUUCGCGCGUGGCGGCCGCGUUCGCUCCCGCUCGAAUUUUCACGAAACCCGCCCGAGUCAACGUCUUCGGGGGUCUGUGCGCGCUUCGGACUUUGAAUCACGCGUGUGUCGGUACGUCUGUCGGUGUGCUGGGUGGGUGGAUGUGUGUAUGUGCUUGUGUGAUGGGGCGAGAGUGCGCGAGGCCGCCGCCGGCUCGUCGAACAGCCUAGGAAGGAUGUUGAUCACCAAGUACACGACGAUCCUACUGCAAUCCACCAAUCAGCACAUUAUCAGGAGCGAUGUCUUCCUGGAACCGUACCUGCAGCAGCACGGAACCGUUCAGGUCGUCAGCUCGCCGAGCACGCCGCCGCCGAAUCCGCUGCAGCACCGUCAACUUGCGCAGCUACAUCAUGUACAGAGCGAAGAAUCGCUUUCGUCGGAGGGAUCGGCCACCUCGGGAGGAUCUUCAGCGUCUACAGAAGAUUCUGGCAGCGAGGUGGCCUGCGAUAUUACGCUGAUCGAGAGGCUCAUCCGCUCUCACCCGAUCUGGUUCCUUCCAGGCAUCCAGAGGGCCGGCGCUUUUCACUUGUUGCAGGGCAAGGAAGAAGGGAACUUCGUGGUGCGACAGUCGAGCCAGAGCGACACGAUGGCGCUCUCGGUGAGACUGCCAGCCGGCAAGGGGCCCUACAUCGAGCAUUACCUGAUCCAGGCGAACAAGGGGAAACUGAGCCUGGAGACCAGCGAGAACAGGUUCGACAACAUACCCUCGCUGAUCGCCCACUACUCUCAGUGCUGCAGUGACGAGCUGCCGGUGCAACUGACGUUGCCGCGGGCGAUGCGGGAGGCGAAGAACAGGCAGCAACUGUCGUCGCUCGCGUUGCUGGGCCAGGAGUUCUGGCGGUAUCCCAUGGCGAAUCCGAAACCGCCCGCAGAAAGCAGCAGCAGCAACACGUCCAGCCUCAGCAGUUUCCACGGCGGUAACAAUAACCAUCAUCAUAGCAGCAACAACAAUAAUGCCGACACACCGACCACGGAGAGCAUAGUGCUGAAUCUCGCGCCGAUAUCAUCCCACGAUACGCGCACCUCUUCACCGACCACCAACACCAUGACGGCGUCCACGUUCGCCGCGUGGUCGUUGCCGCGUCAACCGCGACCCACUCCGCCCAACACCCUGAACCUGACGACCUUCAACGAGCCGUUGGACACGCGGAGGGAGCAGCGGGUGCCGUCGUCGCCUUGCGACAAGCUGUCGCAGCGGCUGAUCUCGCCGAAUCUGGUGCAGAGCGUGCGAUGCCCGUCGCCAGUGGUGCAUAACGUGGAGAGCAACGUGCUGAGCCCGGCGCAGGACUCGAAGAGCGGCAGCUUCGACACCCUGAAGAACGGCGCGGAGUUCGCCAAUAGGAGCGGCGGCAAGACCUUCUCGAGCGCGUCCACGUCGAGCACGAGUGUGCAUCAUCAUCAUCAUCAGAGCCAGAGCCUGUCGUGCACGACGUCGCCCGUGCUGUCGUCCGACAUCAGGAACAUCGUCGCCGAGAAUCAUCAGGGCGCGACGCAGGGCAAGACACCGCCGCCGCCGCCACCGAGAUGGGCGAAGCCGGGUUUCAGUCAGAGUCAGAGUAACUUCACGGUGACUACCACGGUGACGUUCAAUGUGAAUCAGACGACCAGCGACGUGAACACCUCGCAGCAAAACACGCCGUCGGAUCCCAACACGUCGCUGCUGAGCCCACAGAGCGCGACCUCCUGCAAGUCGCUAGCAUCCAGCUUCUCCGGUAUCAAGUCGCCGCUCUCGCCCACCACCCCGGUCUUGUCACCUACAUCCAAGCUGGUGCCGAACCCGCUGAACCCCGGCGGCCUCAAAACGCCCAGCAUUCUCUCGCCGAACACGCCCAACUCCAGCACCAGCAAGUCGAAGAGACGUCGGGAUCGCGAGAAUCGCAAGAACUCGCAGCACUAUCAGGAAUCCGACAUCCUGGACUCAUAUUAUCGCAGUUCACCGGCCGACAAGAUAUCCGACUACGAGGACAUCUGGAACACGACGGACCAGUCGAACCACUCGACCUGGUCGCCCAACGAGAACACCAAAUCGAAAGACAACAACAGGAUCGCCUGCACGCCGUUGGACCGACUGAGGAGCUCGAACGACCGACUGAUGACGGCGCACGAGAGAAUCGUCAGCCCCGGCGAAAGAAGCUUGAACGAUCGACUGCCGAACGAACAGAUGCAGGUGUUGAGGAACGACAGGUUCAUCCUGAGGAACGACAAGUUGAGCUACAAGGAAACGACCAAUCCGGAACUCAGCAGCUUCAAGCCCGCGCCGGAGCUGAGGAGUCCCGCCGAUCAAGGCUCGCCCGAGGAAACUGGCAUGGGGAAGCGGCCGGAUCUGCUAUCCAGAGUUUGCAGUGCCAAUUCGUUGAACAGCCCGAGCACGGUGACGCCGCCGCGGAACAAGCUGGGCCUGGUGUUGGGCGCCAAGUCGGAGAGCAACAGUCCGCAGACACCCGAGUCCAAGCAGAGCAGUCCGUUCUACGCGGAACCGGCGGACGCGAUCGUCACCACGCAGGGGGCCGCCAUAAUUCCGCGAAGGAGGACGCCGAGGGGCAAUCCGGCGACGAACAAGUUCCGACACAGCGAACCCGGCUGGCUACAGACGCCGACGGGCAACAACGGGAACCAGCUGCUGCAUCCGAUCGACUGGGAGGAACCCGAGGAAACGGAGGACAAGACUCCGUUGAUCUCGUCGUCGGUCGACAAUCUGGCGAAGCGCCUCCACGGCGCCAGGGAGACGAAGAAGAUACCGCGGGCGAAGCCCGUGCAGCCGCCCAAGAUUAGAACGAAGGUCUUCAACGACACCUCGUGGGCGGUGGACUCCAGCUGGGAAUUCAUAGGUAACGACGCGGAAGAUUGCGAGCCGGAUUACGACUGUGAUGCCGAUUACGAGGGUGACAACACGGUCACGAGAAAGUUCCCGGAGGAGGAGUGCAAUAACAGGGACAUUGUUGGGAACACCUUGACCGUCCAGAGUAUCAUCCUGCAACGGUACCCGGAAUUGCUAAAACCGCCAGACAACACGUGUGAGUUACUUUAUAGCGACCGCAAUUCUUCAUACGAUAACGUGGAGAAGCGUAACAUGGAGCGCGAGGACACACUGCCAGACUCGCGGAAGGAUCGCACGUACGACCCUUCCGAGUGGGAGACCAUGCUGGAUACAGACGAGAGUGACGUGGAGAGGAUCAAGAGGAACAAGAGCUUCAAGGAGCGACUCGACCCGCUUUUGUCGCCGCCGCGACUGCAAGCGCUGAGGAAUCGCGACGCAGGCAGCACCGGCUCCACCAUCAGGGCUUACGCGCUGCGGCUGGCUGCCGACAAGACGACGACGUUCUCGCAGAAUAUCGACAACUUCAUCCAAUGCACGAAGGAAGGCAAAGAAGCCAGUCCGCACGUGGUGACGCGCAACAUGCGGCAGUUCAUGUCGGGCAUGAAGAACUACCUGGUGAACGGCGAGCCCGAGUUCGAGCGCGAGGUGGAGAAAGUGCGGCUGAAGCUGCGGCCGAACGAGUUCCUCAACAUCGACGCGAUCCUCGAGGAGGUGAUGAUGGGUCUGGUGGUGACGCCGUUGCGGGAACACGUCUACAAAUUGUUCGUCGAGCACUACGCCACCACCGGGUCGCUGCGAACCCUCGCUGAGAACAUCCAGCACGCCUACGGCAAGCACAUGCACGAGCUCGGCGUUCGACCUAAGAUUAUGCCGCCUUCCGAGGACAAUCUGGAGCGCAUCUUCAGGUGUAUCGAACGGCUGCAGAAGGUCGACUCGCCUUUGGACAAACUAGAGAACCUACUGGCGACGAUCUCGGCCCUCUUCAACUCCGUGAAACAGGCAAACUCGGGUCGCCAUGUAACACUGGGCGCCGAUGAUCUGUUGCCGAUGGUCGUCUGGGUGCUGGUGCGCGGCAAGGUGGUGGACGCGGAGAUCGAAGCCGAGUACAUGUGGGGUCUUCUGCACCCCUCGCUGUUGACGGGCGAGGGUGGAUACUACCUGACGACGUGGUCGAGCGCUGUGCACGUUCUCAAGACCUUCAAAUCGAGCCAGAGCACUAUGUCGACGUUGAACGGAUCCGGAACGCCGGACUGCUCGUCCGUGUUGCGAAUCUUAGUGCCCGACGAGUUGCACGGCUCUCUGAACACCAGGACGCUGCCGGUGCGACCUAACAUGAACACCCGGGAAAUCUGCCGCAUUCUCGCGCAUAAAAUAAGAUGCACCAAUCCUCAAGACUACGGGCUCUUCAAGUUGGUGCAAGGAGAAGAAACCUUGCUAGGAGAUCACGAGUGCCCGCAAGAACUCUCCCAUUGCCUUUUCGCGUACAAGCGAAUAGACGCGAAGAUAGCGUGGCCCAAGACUAGCUCUUAAGAGCUCAAGGAUAUCCUCGUCAUUCAAUUCAUAUAGUCUCACCGAGAACACAUCCUCAUCAUAAAUUGGCACUUCUACCGCCUUCUUCGAAAUGUAAGCCACAUCUCGCACAUCGAGCUCAUCAUAAGACGAAACGUUUCUCAUUGUUUUUUCAGGUGUGUAUCUAUCAACUUCUUCCAGAGUGCAUAAAAAAUUUUCCUCAAAACUUGCUAUGUGAAUUGCAUUCGCCCAAUAUUGAGCAGGCGUAAGCUGAAAUCCCGCGGUUUUUCCUUUUUCCGUUUUCUUACUUUUUCGUACAAUCUCUUUAAUAUUCUACAGAUAUUUCAACAUUUUUUUUUUAUUUUGUUUUGAUUAUUUUAGAUCAAUUGAAACAUACUUCAUAAAUAUUUCGACCAAAAAUUUGAAAUAUUCGCAAUAUUUGUCAGUAAUCAUCGAUUUUUCCAAUAAAUCAACGUUUCUGGGAAUAUUUAAAAUACUUUCAAAAACGUCGAUUAUGUGCUUUGCACAAAGAAUGGUCUCCUUGUGAUAAAUACGAUUACUGACAAAAAAUUUGUCGCGUUCAUUAACGUCAUAUUGCAUGAGCGAUUCACGUUUCUAUUAAGUUUCUCAAAGUGCGGAUUCAUCGAAUUACCUCUACUUAACAUUGAGCGACGCAUUUAUAUCCAAUUCCGCAAAAGGAAUUUCAAUGUGUUCGAAAUUUCCCGGCGGAAAUUCUCUCUUCUCAGCACUGCCGCUUCCCGAGAAAAUUGUGAAUUCUUACUUGUGAGUGAAAAGCUAACAUUAGAUAAAACGAAAGAAAAAAAGAGAGGGAAGGAAGGAAUAUGUGUGUGUGUGUGUGUGUGUGUGCGCGCGCGUACGUUUGUGUGUAUGUCUAUAUGUGUCUUUAAACAUUCGCGCAAGUAUUUUGGGUACUUAAAAACGUGCGAAGGAAAGAUUAUUCGUAUCCGGAUGUGGUCAUCCCAAAUUAAAUUAAUCUUAAUAUAAACAUUAAGCUAAGUCUCUCUUUCCCUGGUUAGGAAAUCUCGAGCAGUAUCAUUGCACAAUCGACAUUGCGAUAUCCGUACGUUACUUGAUGAUAGAACAGUUCGGCGUACAAUUUUAACUUUCAGCAGAUGGUAUUCGACUGAAGAUGACUGAAUGACUGAAAUGGCUGAACUUUCUAAUCUAUACUUGUAUGUACGCUACAUUACAAACAUGCUCGUCGUAUCAGCAAUUUUGGCUCUCAUUGUCUUGCAUUUUACUUAUUUUAAUAAAAAAAACUUUAUAAUUAUCUCAGUAAGGGAUUUACUAGAUUUUAUAUACAAAUCUAAUACAAAUUUUAUAUACAAUAAUUUAUAUAUAUAUAUAUAUAUAUAUAUAUA